AAAUAACAGCGAUGAGAGUGGAGAAACUUGCUUCUCUCUGGUAUUUAUUGGGAAAAGUUCGGCCUUGCUCUGGUUGCCAUGGUAUUUCAGCGGUCAGCUUGGGGCAUCAUGGGACCUGCGGGUGGUGAGGGCGUCUUAGCGGAGGCCUGGAGUCAGGGACCAACUGAGGCCUCCCCAUAGCAGCCACAGCCAGGGAAGCAUAAGAGCUCAAGAACAAGACCUAGUGGCUGAGAGAACUGCAUUAUGCCAUUAGCCCUAAUUGGGGCCGCCUACGCAGGGCUGUCUCUCUACCGCCUCUACUGCCCGACCGCAGAACUCCCUACCACUGAACUCGAUUCAGAGCAGGAUGCAGCGCUCAAACUUGCCCAAGAACGAGCAGAAAUAGUUGCCAAAUAUGACAGAGGUCGUGAAGGUGCAGAAAUUGAACCUUGGGAAGAUGCUGAUUACCUCGUUUACAAAGUCACAGACAGAUUUGGCUUUUUACAUGAAGAGGAACUUCCAUACCACAAUGCAGCAGUAGAAAGGCAAAAGCACCUGGAAAUCGAAAGAAGUACAAAAUGGCUAAAAAUGCUGAAAAGCUGGGAAAAAUACAAAAAUACAGAAAAGUUCCAUAGGAGAAUUUACAAAGGAAUUCCACUUCAGCUUAGAGGUGAAGUCUGGUCUUUACUACUUGAGAUACCUAAAAUGAAAGAAGAAACAAGUGACCUUUAUAAUAAACUAAAACACCGAGCACGAGGUUGUUCACCUGAUAUCAGACAAAUUGAUCUUGAUGUCAACCGCACAUAUAGGGACCAUAUUAUGUUUAGAGACAGAUAUGGUGUUAAGCAACAAUCCUUAUUCCAUGUUCUAGCUGCAUAUUCUAUCUAUAAUACGGAAGUUGGAUACUGUCAGGGAAUGAGCCAGAUCACUGCUUUGCUACUUAUGUAUAUGAAUGAAGAAGAUGCUUUCUGGGCCCUGGUGAAGCUACUUUCAGGCCCUAAGUAUGCCAUGCAUGGCUUUUUUGUCCAGGGUUUCCCUAAGCUUCUGAGGUUUCAAGAACACCAUGAAAAAAUAUUGAAGAAAUUUCUAUCUAAACUUAAGCAACAUUUGGAUUCUCAAGAAAUCUACACAAGUUUUUAUACAAUGAAGUGGUUCUUUCAGUGUUUUCUUGAUCGAACCCCCUUUACGCUAAACCUCAGGAUAUGGGAUAUUUACAUAUUUGAAGGAGAACGAGUUCUCACUGCCAUGUCUUACACAAUCCUGAAGCUACAUAGAAAGCAUCUAAUGAAACUGUCUAUGGAAGAACUUGUGGAAUUUCUUCAGGAAACACUAGCCAAGGAUUUUUUCUUUGAGGAUGACUUUGUAAUAGAACAACUUCAGAAUUCUAUGUUAGAAUUGAAACGCGCCAAGUUAGAUCUCCCUGAACCUGCUAAAGAGGAUGAAUAUCCAAAGAAACCUCUGGGGCAGCUUCCACCUGAACCUCAGUCUAUCGUUUAUCACCUGAUCAACGGACAGAGUAAUGUUGGCUUGGCAAACUGCCACCCAUCUAAAAAAAUGGAUAGGAGAGCAAUUCCCAAAAGACAAGAAAUUUCACCCCGUCAUCAAAGUACAGUCAAUGCACCAGAAAAGGCUCCUUCUGUAAAGCAACAAAGACUUGACUCAGUGGAAAAAGAUAGUGGAAAGAUUAAGAGUGAGAUAGAAACUCAAAGAAAACAACCACUGAGUACACAAAACAAUUCUAAGCAAUAUGACAAUGCAGCUGCUAACCAAAAUUCUAAUGCUACUUCACAUAUGAAGAGGGAAUUUGUACCAAAGUGGAAUAAACCUUCAGAUAUGUCAGCCAUUGAAAAAACAGCAAAAUAUACGAUUGAAGGCAAAGGUAGAACACCAAACCACACACUUGUAGGCACACCCCCAAGUCCUGUUGAGACACGAGCAUUAAAUGUAAGGCAGAAGAUUAAGAUUUUAGAUGGUGAUGAAGGUAAGCGGGGGUCCAAUGCUUCCCAGUACGACAAUGUACCUGGAGCUGAAAAUGAAAAUGGGACUUCCAUUGAGGAAGUAUUAGAAAAAGCUCAUUCUCAAAGUCCAGGUAAUAUAAUUUACUCAAAUAGCCCGAAAAAGUAUUCUGAGAGUUCUAGUCCAUUAAAAGUAUCAAAUAACUUUACCUUUAAUGUGCAGCCAUCAAAUUCCCCUAGAUAUUCACACCAGGUCGAUGGUAUAGGUCAUAUGAAAAUGCUACCGCCAUCCUAUAGCAAUCCCCCUGUUUACCAUGGAAGUUCUCCAAAACAUACCCGUACUGCUAACCCUAAUUUCAUACCUCUUCAUUAUGGCCAUGGGACUCAAAUUAGUCCUUCUAGAAGACCAUAUGGUUCCAAUCAUUCCAUAGACCUUUCUCCAGAGAAAUCUUAUAGCCGCCCCACCCCUAUUGUGCUGCCAUCUAAUCGAAUAGAAGUCCUCCCUGUUGAUGUCAGUACGCCAGGAUCAUAUUCAGGCAAUUCAAGGUCUCCUAGGGGUGGUGAAUUCAUAAUUCCUCCAGUGGAUUAUUUGCCAGAAAAUAGAAAAUGGCCAGAAGUUACUUUCACAUACAGGCCUGAAGCAUUUGGACAAUCAUGGAACCGAGAUGCUAACAGAAGCCACUUCAGCAAUUUACCAAAGCAGACAGUUUUUCAACAUGUAGCCAUUCAGGAUUAUAACCUUCCAGCUGUUUCAAUAGAUAGUCCUAUACGGUAUAGAACUUCACCAUCUUUGGAAGAUGUUGGCUCACCCCAGUAUCAAUAUUCAGGUGCACCUCCUCCAGCACACUACAGAAACCGCGAUGGACUUUCUAUACAUGAAUCAGUGUUGCUAUGAAAAUCUACUUAUGUUUGUUUACUUAACAGAGAAGGCUAGAAACCAUUUAAGAUCUACAUUGCUAUGUUUGUAAUUGCCAAAGCAGUAUUUUAUACAUUAAUGGACAACUUGUGCAAUUUUGUGUAUGUGAAUAAUAAGAAUAUAUCAAAACAUUUACAGUCCCAGGUAGAUGCUACUGAAGUUGAGCAUUUUAAGUUGUGUAAUCAUUGAACCUGUUUAAAAUGUUAGCAUAUAUAAACAUAGCAAUAGUAUGGAGAGAUGUACGCACAAUAUUAAUUCAUUAGUACUUUUCAGUUUUCAUUUGCAUAGUUUUUUAUCUUUCAGACCAGAGAGUUCCACAUGCCAGCUUUAUUUUUUUAAAAAAGGGUAGCACUGAAAAAUUAUAUGUAGAAUGAGUAUUUUUUCUGGCUAUAUGUAGUAUAUGUAUCAUUUCUAAAUAGAUAUCUAUAGACAUAUGUAUACACACUUGAGGAGGAAUGUUCAGGAAAUUGAAAAGCAAUUAUUUAUCAUCAAUAACUGAUGUUUAAUGGUAUGCUUACUUUCUCUAACUUGUCUUUUAAGUGAAGGCUUUCUUGGAUUUUACUUGCUUUAACCCAACUGCCUUCUUCACCCGGAUCCUAAACUGACUAAAAGGAUGGCUCUGCAAUUUCUCCCAGAAUGCUUUUUUCCUCCUUUAGUUGAUGUCAUCUUAUCAUUCAUCCUAAAAACUAGACAAGCAAAGACAUUGGAAAGAAAGAAGUGUAGCUCUCUGAGCUGACUCCUUAAUGGUGCUUAAAAAAAGCAAGGCAAAUGACAGGGAUAUGUGCUACACAGGCAGGAUAUGACGAGAUCACAUAUAUCAAAAUAAAUUAAUAGUAAUACAUUGUUUUGUUCUAUUUUGACCCUUCCAAGGUUUAGAGCAAAAUGAUCCUUGCCAUAAAGAAAAGAUAUGCUGAAAUACAGCCAUCCUAUAUAAAAAGUUACAGCAGUGGAAACUGGAUGUGCUACAUUAUCAGGCCAUUAAGUUAUUACUAUUAUUAUUAUUAUUGAAACUGAAUGUAAAAAUUAUCCCAGUUGUCAAUAGGAAUCUAAAAUGAAUUCUCUCUUUUUUUUUUAAAGUUAGUGUGAUUUUCAUGCUUUUUGAAAAUAUUCCUUUGCUUUUAUCCACUUUGGAAAAGACUUAAAGUCAAAUUAUGUGUUCUCAAAUUUGUCUUUAGUGGACAUUUCUUUAAACAAACUAUAUUACAGAAUAUAUAUACAUUGUCAAUUCUUGAGCAAUCAAAGUACAUCAUUAUUGUUUGUAAUUGAAGAGUUUGGUGUUAGAAUUACUUUUUGUAAUAUUUGAAUAAUAGAAAACUUUGUUGAAUCAAAGAAUAGGCAUUGCAGCCUAUUCUUGCUGCAGGCUGAUUCUUUAAAAGUUUUAAGGUACAGAAAUUUUAUGCCGUUGAAAGUGGAAGUAACAUUUAUUUCAUUAGGCAGUGAAUGUGAUAGGUCUUGUUUAUGUAUAUAAUGUAUCUGGUGUAAUUUUAUUGAACUCAAUAUUUUAAAUGAUAGAACACAAAUAUUCAUGGCUAAAUACUACACUGAAUCACAAAGGAAUUCUGAUUAUUAAGAUCACUGGGCUAUUGAUUUAGAUUGCUAAUAGCUGCUUGGGAUAUAUGUAUAUUAUGUAGUCAAGAAUAUUAACCUUAAAGUUGAAACCUUGAUUCUGUGAUUAUAAUAAACUACACUGUACAAUUUACUUUAGGCUGGUGGCACCUAUGCUGCCUCCCCCAAACAUAUAUAUUAACAAUGGUAAAUACUGUAGAUUUUUUUAUAUAUAUGAAAUAUAUACACACUAUUUUCUUAUGUCAUCUAUGACAAUUUUUAACUGUAUACUUUUUUGUGUCAUUGUUUUUAACAUUCUAAAAGUAAUAAGGAUAUCUUG